AUGACAUCCAAGUGUCGUUCAUAUGUUAAUCAUUUUGAGCUUAUUACGUUGCGUGACUUCAAAUUUGAUGAACGCUUUGCUCAUUAUUGCUCGAAUGAUAUCAAAAAGUAUUGUGCAGAAGACAAUUCAAACAAAGCGGAAGUGAUUCGUUGUUUAUCGACUGUCAUGUUUGAGCAUAAAGUGUUGGGGACAAAAGAUGAUUUGGAAAAAGAUUGUAAGAAACAUUUGAAGACUGCAUAUCUUCAUCAAGAACAGGUGAAUUUCGAUGAUAAAUCGCAUAUGUUAUAUGCUGACCCGACAUUAAUGAAAAAAUGUGAGGAAGAACUUGAUCGACUGGGGUGCAGAAAAGAGAAGUAUUUUGAGGACGUUGUUGAAUGUCUGCGUGUAAAAUAUGAUGAGCUUGGCUUAGAAUGUAAGGCAGCAGUUUUCACGCGCGAAAAAAUCGAAGCUAUAGAUAAUCAGUUUGAUGAUGAACUUCAGCGCCAUUGCCAUACUGAUAUAGACAAAUAUUGUCAUGCAGAAAAAGGAGAUCGAGUAUUGGAGUGCUUGAAAAAUAUGAAAAUUCUUCGUUCAUUGUCAUCCAAAUGUCAAAAGAUUGUGAUAGAAAGAAUGCGAGAGCAAGCUAAAGAUGUGCGAUUAAAUGUUGGUCUUUUAGAAGCGUGUAGAGAAGAAGCUGAGCAGUAUUGUCCCGAUGAUUACAAGAAAAUAAACGAUCCACAAUAUGCUAAGAAAACACUAGAAGGCGUUUUUGUUAUGUGUUUGCGUACACAAUACACGAAUCCGCAGAAAUCAGUUCAUUUGAAUGCUAAGUGCAAAGAUGAGAUAGCAAACGUUAUUUUGGAGAGCGAAUUUGAUGUUCAGUUAGAUCCACAACUUUACCGAGCAUGCAAGAAUGUUAUUACGAAACACUGUUCUUAUAGUGUGAUGAAGAGUGGUGGUACUUUUGAUUCAGUUUUAGAAUGCCUAAAAUCAGAUUUCAGGCAUGGUGCCAUAAAAGAUGCCGAUUGUGUGGCGCAGGUUGCUAGACGCUUACAAGAAUCAUUGGUUGAUAUUCAUCUUGAUCCAGUUCUUCAUGAGGUUUGCGCCAAUGAUCUCCAAAGAUUAUGUCAUGAUGUGCCGCCUGGACAAAGUCGAUUAAUUAUUUGUUUAUUGGAUGCUCUGAAAAAUGUAAAAAGUAGACUUUCAUCGGCAUGCAGAGACAAACUUACAGAACGAAACAGUCUAUGGAAUAAAGCUCAUACGGAACAGCAGAUGAUACUGCCAGAGUCAUUUGGUGAAAUAGUGAACAUUAUAGCCAGCCAUCCGCAGAGAACUUCGUUACUAACUUGGUUUGGUGGGUUAGUUUUGUUAUUGUUUCUUAUCGGAUGUUGUUGUGGACGAGCAACAAAACGCAUAAAGCGGGAAUUGAAAAAUCGUUGA